CCAUUGUGAUACCUCACGCGUAAUUCCAACUCUUAUUCAUUGUUUUCAUCUUGAGUAUUGCAAUUCACUCCAACAACAUAAUUUCUUGUACAAUCAACCAAUGUAUAGUGUUGUUUCUCCAAAGAAAACAGCACUCCAAAAAGCGUUCUUUCUUUUUUCAUCUCAAGGAAAAGAAAGGAAAAAAGAGAGUUAACAACAACCAGUCAAUGGCCGCUUCUCUCUUCCCUCUCCCCUUCGUCUUCGUCUUCCUCCUCCACCCUCUUUCCUCCACAGCUAACAUCCACAAAACUAACAGUCUUCUCAGAUCACAUCUCUUUACAGAACCCACUUCCAUAACCACAACGCACCCAGCCCAUAAACCCCUCAAUGACACCCCACCAACUGUUUUCUUUGAAGUUACCAAACCCAUAGAUGUCCCCAAUACUAAGCCUUGCAAGCACUUUAUUCUCCAACACGACUUUGCCUCUACUUAUGGCAAACCUCCUGUUCUUGUAAACUAUACCCCUCCCUCUCAUUGCCCAUCUCAAGAUUUCUCCAUGAUUGUCCUUGAAUGGAAGGCAACUUGCAAAGGGAGGCAAUUUGAUCGUAUUUUCGGGGUUUGGUUAGGUGGUGUGGAGCUUCUUAGGAGUUGCACUGCGGAGCCUAGAGCAACUGGGAUUGUUUGGACUGUUCGGAAGGAUAUAACAAGGUAUUAUUCAUUGCUUCUUAAGAAUGAGACUCAAGAAUUUGCUGUUUAUAUGGGUAAUAUCGUUGAUAGUACUUAUACUGGUAUAUACCAUGUGAAUGUAAGUAUUUACUUUUAUCCUGCUGUAAAGAAAUUGAGUCAUAGUGAUCAUGGUUUUAAUAAUUUGGCAUCUGGGAGGGAUUCUAAGGCUGAUUUGAUCCUGCCCAUUUCGCGAAAUUUGCCGUUGAAUGAUGGGUUGUGGUUUGAAAUUCAGAAUUCUACUGAUUCUGAGGCGAAGGAAUUCAAGAUACCUCAAAAUGUGUACAGGGCUGUGUUGGAGGUUUAUGUUUCUUUUCAUGAGAAUGAUGAAUUUUGGUAUGGAAAUUACCCUAAUGAGUAUAUUAUUGCAAAUAAUCUCACUGGUUUCCCGGGAAAUGGACCUUUUAGAGAGGUUGUGGUUAGUCUUGAUGGAGAGGUUGUUGGCGCAGUUUGGCCUUUUACUGUGGUUUUUACCGGUGGGAUUAAUCCUCUCUUGUGGAGGCCCAUUACUGCCAUUGGUUCAUUUGAUCUCCCCUCUUAUGAUAUUGAAAUCACGCCCUUCUUAGGAAAUAUAUUGGAUGGAAAGACUCACAAGUUAGGAUUUAGUGUCACGAAUGCUUUGAAUGUGUGGUAUAUAGAUGCCAAUUUGCAUCUUUGGCUGGACCAUAGGAGCACAAUUACAGAAGGGAAGCUUUUGAAACAUGAAAGCAAGCCUCUUGCUUUAUCUUUGGUAUCAAAUUUUACAGGUUUGAAUGGAAAAUUCUUGACAAGUGCACGCAGGUUCAUAUCCUCAAAUGGAUGGGUAAAGUCCUCUUAUGGGGAGAUCACUACCUGUUUUAAUCAACACUUCGGUUACAGCAACUUGAUGGAGAUGGGCAAGGACGGUGAUUUGCAGAUCUUGAAUCAGACGAUUGAAUUUACUGAUAAUGUUUCUUUCAGGAAGCCAUCCUCUAAUGUUAAAGCAUUCAAAUCGUUAAAAAAUUUCGAGUUUGACAUGUACUCUGACUACAUGGAUCAAGGAAAUGGCACUUCCUUGUCAGUGGCAAAUGUUACAUUGGGAUUCAAUGAGAAAAAUGUUAAACAUGCUGGCUUGGGAUUUGCAUCGAACAUUCUCAGAAAUCUGCAGAAUGGGCAGGGUGUUAUGGUUGUGAAGAAUAACUUGGUUCAAAGUGGUAUUGGGAGCACACAACAGGAAUACACAUACAACGGUAGUGGCUUCUGCUAUUUCAGGAACAUAAGCAGCUCAAACUACACUAUUCUAGAUGACAAUGUUGGAAAUACAUGCAGUGAAAGGAAUCAUUCUCAUCUAGGUUUUGGACUUGGCAAAUGGUGGCAAUUUCCAGCUCGGAGGGCUUCUCUAGCAUCUGAAUUACUGGAUAAGUAUCAUGAUGGAGUUUGAUUGUUUUGUCGAGCAUGUUUCAUGAGGGGAUGCUCCAGAGGGUUCGACUAUGUGAGAAAACUGUGAGCCAAUAAAAUUUUAUGUAACUUUUUUCCUUUUAAUAUUUCAAAUCGAACAUAAUUUGUGUUACAGUUUUAGGAGAAUUUACAGUGAGAUGAGCCUUGGUUAAACAAGGCACGAUGCUGGUAUGCUGUAAAACCUUGUCUUGUGGUGGUCUUCUGAAGCAAUCACUACUGGUAGUGUUUUAGGUUAGUAGCUAAGUAAGAUAGUUAGCUCUAUUGGAUUUCAUGGUGAAAAUCGAACUUUGACACUUCACCAUGGCAAUGACAAUUGAAUUCAGAGC